CUCGAGUUGACCCUGGUUGUUGGUUACUGAAAACUAGAACAGAAACAACAAUGGCUGACGAGGGGGGCGGAGAAGAUAACAAUAUCAACAAUAAUAUGGGGAAUCUGGUGCCGUUUUUACCAGAAAAUGAAGAGGAUGAAGACGAUAUGGAAUCGGAAGAUCAUGACAGCGACACUGCAGAAAAGCCAAACAUCAACUUUGAUCCUAGUCUCCCAACGUCACAUGCUUACCUUGGUGCGGACAUGGAGGAGUUUCACGGGCGCACAGUGCACGAUGAGGACAGCUGUCAGAUGAUCCCUGUCCUUCCGCACGUGACGGUGAUGCUGAUCCCUGGGCAGACUCUGCCCCUGCAGCUCUUUAGACCACAGGAGGUCAGCAUGAUGCGCAACCUCAUCCAGCGAGACCGCACCUUCGCUGUGUUGGCCUACAGUGACUCUCAGGAGCAGCAGGCUGAGUUCGGGACCACGGCUGAGAUCUACGCGUACCGCGAGGAGCAGGAGUACGGCAUCGAGACGGUCAAGGUGAAGGCCGUGGGCAGGCAGAGGUUCAGGGUUCACGAGCUGCGGACCCAGACAGACGGCAUUCGGCAGGCGAAGGUGCAGAUUCUCCCAGAGCGAGUGCUUCCGGACCCCCUCUCUGCGGUGCAGCUGGCUCCCCUGUGCCGGCUCCAGAGGAGGGCGUCCUGCCGGCCCCCUGCCCUGCAGUGUGAGGAGCUCCAGCGCUGGUGGGAGUCCUACAGGAAGAGAAACUUUCACUGUGCCGGUCUCACUUCGUGGCCUGCCUGGGUCUACACGCUAUACGACUCGGAGAUUCUCAUGAACCGGGUGAGGAGACAGCUACACGAGUGGGACGAAAACCUGAAGGAUGAGUCCCUCCCUACAAAUGUUAUAGAUUUUUCAUACAGGGUGGCAGCCUGCCUUCCCAUUGACGACGCCCUGCGCAUUCAGCUGCUGAAGAUUGGCAGUGCUGUCCAAAGACUACGCUGUGAGCUGAACAUCAUGGACCGGUGCACCUCACUGUGCUGCAAGCAGUGCCAAGACACAGAGCUCACAACAAAGAACGAAAUAUUCAGCCUGUCCCUGUAUGGGCCCAUGGCUGCCUAUGUGAAUCCCCACGGAUACGUCCACGAAACCCUGACCGUUUAUAAGGCCAGCAAUCUCAACCUGACCGGCCGGCAGUCCACGAUGCACAGCUGGUUUCCCGGGUACGCCUGGACCAUCGCGCAGUGCCGGACCUGUGGCUCCCACGCCGGCUGGAAGUUCACUGCCACGCAGAAGGACAUGUCGCCCCAGCGCUUCUGGGGCCUGACGCGCUCCGCCCUGUUGCCCCGCAUCCCCGUGUCAGAGAGAGAGGAGGGGGGCGAGGAGGCCUCCCGCAUGCUCUGCCUCUGACAGCCUUAUCAACCUGGAGACGCAGGAGAGCUUCAGAGAGCCCCCGGCCACCCCAACCCCCACCUCCCCCCUCAGGGAGCUUCAGCCGACAGUCACGCACAUCCGUACCCUUUAUUCCGCAUCAUCUUAAUCUCUUUAAGGCUGUGCUUUAGACUCAGAGGGGAAGGGGGUGUCUAACCUGACUCACAGGGGGGCCCGGGGCUGCUAGAAAUGCUAAACACUACUGCACUGCUAGGCUAGAUAUACAGAGAAAGGGGAAGUAAGGGGAGAAGACACAGAAAGAGACAGAGGGAGGAUAAGCAAGAGAGCACUCCUUCUGAAUGUAUCUCUGGUCCCAGCCUAUUAGCAUGUGAGUCUCUUCAGCCUAGCCCAGUUCACAUUGAUGGUGUUAUACCUGCAGUGUCUGCUGUGUACCUGCAGUGUCUGGUCCAGGGAACACUGGGCGCCUGCUGUGUACAUCACUGCUAGCAGCUUGUUUCUUUUCCAAUGUGACACAGAUACCUAAAGCUCCUGUAUGACACUUUAUGCAUGCAGCCCACUUACAGGUGUACAGUGGCCAGAUCCUAUUUUUUCUAACUUAAAAGUGAUCCUAUAUUUCACAUACAGCCAGUGUCUGAUUUGUCUCUUAGCCAUGCAGCAUCCACAUUGAAACAAAGCACCUUUGAGCUGCACCCACUGCGGGUUCAGCUCUUAACGUGUACAUAUGUGAAUGGACAGGUUCUAUGUGCCUCUGUGCAGCGUGGGCCUGGUGUGUUUCCUGUGUGACUGUCAAUUGUGUGUACUUCUCUCACACGUAAGGGACUCACUGGCCUUCAGCUCUUCACUCCAAAUAUUGCUGACAUUUUGACUGUUUGAAAAUAAUUUAGACUAUUUUUUUUUUUUUUUUUCUGUUUCUUGACAUUAUGUUCAGACAGCUGUAUUUUCGCUAGAGCUCACUGUUUGUUAGUUGUGCUGAGGAAGUGCCAUCUCUGGUGUGUUUAUGAACCUAGUGUAUCUGAUUUCACUCCUGUUCAGAUAAAGCCAUUGGAUUGUGUGUGGUUGUGGGUGUGUCCAAGUAUGUGUGCAUGGUAAUUCAUACAUCAUCUUUGGUCCAGCAAUCAUCAUAUCUAAAGGAUUGAAUAUCAUUUAUUUUCAGUAGAUGUAUUACAAUCCUUGCCAAAUUUUCAAAUACACAAAUAUAAAUGUCUAAUUAAUUUAAUAAAACUCCAAACAUAUAUUUCAAUCAGGGGGCAACACAUUGCAGGAAAUUAAAAUCAAUCAGUGUGCACAAGGUAUAUGUACAUGUGGGAAUCUAUGGGAAAGGAUUUCACUUAGAGUAUUGCCGUGUUUAAAUGUUUUCUCCUCUAAUUAAAGUGGUAAAACAAAUGCAACUUGUAUUUCUGUGCCACCUGCCACAUCCUUUUUCUAUAUAUAUAUAUAUAUAUAUGACAGUAUGUGGAUUGCUGCUCGAUGAGACUUAGCCAGUCCAGACUUGGGAAAAAAACAGUGAAUUCUCUGAAGUCUCUGAACUGAGCUUCUUUUUCCAAGAUGCGGAAUAGGCCAGUUAGCUGAUACUGCAGGGAUCUGAGUAGGGAUUGUCUGAGUAGGAGUGAUCCAGGUGGUCAGGCAGGCGAGUUUCUGGCCAUACUCAGGCACAUUGUAAAUUAGAUGUCCCUGUUUAUCUAAAAGCAAUUUACACCAAUGCAUCACCGUGUAUGUAUCCAUCCUGUCAGGUUCUCCUGUGUUCCACACACAUGGCAGCUGUGCUACCCAGAGACAGAGGCAGGGUGAAUUAUUCUCACCCUAUCAGGUGUGCAUUUAUCCAUCUAGAAUGAGUGCUUUAUACUUGACUAGAUGAGUAUAAUCAGUCCUCAGAUAGUGAACGGCAUUGGUUCUGUGUUAAAGGCUCUCUAAAUGUAGCUGAAGUGGGUGGAUUAUUGCGCAUGUGCAGUAGAUAGCUGUGGAAGCCCAGUGUUGAAACGGUACAUGGAACCUGAUCUUUUACUUAAUUGCAGCAGGAAGAAAACGGUAUGUGUUACACUGUCCAUGUUCAUGGUUAUGCAACAUCUAAUCUAUCAGCAGGGCAUCUAUAUCUGCGGACUGUGAUGUUCUGCUUCAGGUGUGACCAGAACAAAUUGUAUUUCAGACAAGAGAAUAUCCUGGACUCCAUUGAGGUGUUUUUUGAAAGAAGGUUGAAAGCAGUUUUUUGUCCUGCCUACUGUGCAGCUCUGUCACCCUGUGCUCAGCUUGGCUGCUGAAUGAGAGGUAAAGCGGCUGUGUGCCAGUACAGCAGAGACCGUUGCUGGUUUGGCUUCCCUAAUUUAUGUCAUAUCCAGUAUUUAAGUGAAGUUUAGAGGCAUGUCAUUUCUGACACAGCCUUCCCUGCCCCUGAAAAAGUUUGAUUAUCAGUGUGUGUGUUUGGGAGUCAUAAAUAAAACCAUCAGCACAUUGUG